GUACUUAUUUUUCAGAAGUCUUCUCAUAGAUUUGUUGUACAGACACAAUGGUGAGGAUUUCCACACACACGGUCCUGCUGGUCUUCAUCUUUGCCUUUCUGGUGUGUGAGAUAGUGGUGGGCCAAAUCUGCAGAUCGCUCCUGAUUGCGGUGGACAGUUUCCACACGCUCUACAUCUUCAUAAACAUGGCUUUAUCAGCAUUAAAGCAUCAAACUAUCACUCCAUGCAUGCUUGAAGCCUCCAGAGAAGCUCCCAAUCCUCCGUAUGAUGUCCGGAUGCGUCUCCAGCCUUUCUGCAUCCUGAUUUCGGCUCUGUUAAUGGCGUCUCAGUGCGUCUCCAUCAGUCUGGAGAUUCUCACUCAUCUCGUGCAGCCAGAAGCCAUUCAGCAUCCACACUUGUGUAUCGUGGUUGGAGGAGUUAGUGUGUUGUUUAAUGCACUAGUUUUGGUUUGGAGAAGAACAACGAUGGAUGAUGGGACGCAAAACAAACCGCAUUCUGCAUCAGAACCCAAAGAAAGUGCUCUUCCGGACGGGGCACUCAUGUUCUGCAACCCUCAAGCUUCCAGUGUUCUGGAUCCAAAUCAAACCUCUCCAGACGGCUCUUCUUCAUGCCAAAACACCGGCACUGAAUCUGCAUCCAAACACACUCAAAAGUCCCUUUCCAGCAUCAGAGAAGCUCCUCAGGAAAUCACUGAACCCGUAGAGAAACUUCCAGAAGCACAGAAACACACUGCAUCUCAGUGUGUUCCUCAAGUCUCCAUCUUCAGAGAGCAUCAUCUGGGUCUGCUCAGUGUAAUCCAAGAUCUCCUGUGUUCAGUCCUGGUUCUGUCUAACGGUCUGGUUCUGCUGCUGUCCCGAGCUCACUGUCACCGGCCUCACUCAGACUGUCACCUGCUGGUUUACCUGGAUGCAGUUUUCUCCACGGUUUGUGUGGUGUUUCUACUUUCCGCUGCCCUGCCGAGGCUACACCGAUACGGGCUGCUGGUCCUCCAGGCGGCGCCGCUGCAUCUUUCUGUCCGCCAGGUGCGACUCUGUCUCGGUCAAGUUCCCGGAGUUUUAUCGGUCCACGAGCUUCACAUUUGGCAGCUCUCGGAUUCCCUCAUUAUCGCAUCUCUGCAUGUUCACUGUCCCGCCGGGAUGAGCGCAGCAGAAUGCGAGGAGCUUUUAGCAAACAUUAAAGCAGUAUUUUACACUUUCGGCGUCAAUCAUUGCACGGUUCAACCUGAGUUUCUCACGCCGGAAAAGAGCGAUGCUGCGCCCGCGGAGGCUUCAGGACGGUCCGCCUGCAGCCUGCGCUGUGGCCAGGAGUGUGUGGAGAAACUCUGUUGUGCCCCACAGGUGGAGGAGUCCACAAAAACAAUAAAUCCCAUCCAUGAGGACAAACCCAGCGCUAGAGAUGUGAUUAUUGAGAAUACAUCUGUGAUUCAAGACUGAUGACAAUAAAAGAUUUAUUAUGAGCAACGAGUCUGUUUAUCACUACAGACAAUAGUAUCUCGAACGAUCUGGAUGCAGCCUUUAUGAUGCAAGCUGAGACUGCAUCUCUCAGCGAUGCAAUGUCAGACACAGUGCGCUCAAUGGAGCUAGUGACGUCACUGUGAGGGCUAGGGGUGGGGUUAGAUGAGCCCAUUAAUAAGCAUUGCGUGCAGCUCAGAUUGCAAUUGCACCAGGUCUGCAUCCACAACAGAUGCUAAAUACA